UCAGUAUCUGAGUAACACUAAUACUGCUUCCUAAUGUGGCUUGCUUGCAGAGGUAGAGAGCAUGAGGACACUGAAAAAUGUAGCUGUAAAAAGAGGAGGAUCUGUCACUAUUCCAUGUCUUUAUGAUGAGAAGUACAAAGCAAACAGUAAAUUCUGGUGCAAAGGGUACUAUUGGUCUAGCUGCAGUAUCGUAGCCUAUGCAAACUCAAGUGGAAAUCCAUCAGUCAUUGAUCAUCCAGAGCAGAAUUUGUUGACGGUGGAACUGAACUCUGUCUCUGAGUCUGGAACGGGUUGGUGUGCUGCAGAAAUUGGGGAUGAAUUGCAGCUGGAUGAUCGUGAUUAUUUGUACCUGACGGUUAGUCAAGUGCCUAUUUAUUCAGAUCUGUCAGUGAGGGAGAGCAGAGUGAGAGGUGAGGAAGGAGGCAGCGUCACAGUCCAGUGUCUCUACAGUGCUGCGUAUCAGAAUAAACAGAAGCAGUGGUGCAGAUUUAAAGAUGGACAAUGCAACACAGUGAGGACUGAAACAUCCCAGAAUUCCACAGUGUACAUCAGUGAUGAUGGGAGAAGAUCCUUCAGUGUGAAGAUAAGCAGACUGAAGAAGAGUGAUACUGGAUGGUACUGGUGCAGUGCAGGAGAUCUGCAGGUUCCUGUUCACAUCAGUGUCAGUGAUCCACCUCCAGUCACUACAUCAAAGACAACAGCACUGACUACAACAGUGGCUACAACAGUGACUACAACCGCUCAUCAAGACAAUGCGUACACGUAAGUAGGAAAGCUUCAUGUUAUUUAGGCAUGGUGUUUUCAUCUGCAGUUUUACA